AUGCAUAUUUCUGCAAUGCCAGGUCCAAGGUCUGAAAUCGCAGGCGCAAGAAACCGUCCAAUCCUUGCCAAGGUCGGAGGUUUUAAGAGGGAAAAUGUACGAGAAAGGCAAGAAAGAAAAAACACCAAAGGGGAAAUCAGCAAGUCUGCUCACCAGGCCAGGCCGACUUGUGUAUUCCGGAUACCAUUCAUUCCUUGCUUCGGAAUAGCGACUAUUCUGACUCGAACUGUCCAUGAUGCAAUAUUUCUGCAGGAGUUGCUCAAGAGCAGGAAAGGUAACAUCAAUAUUACAGUCCUGGAAGGGGUGCGCUGA